GCCCCAGGCGCGCACCGAGUCCGGCGGCCGCGCAGACGGUGCCACUGCCCCACUGGGGCCGUCGUCCCUCGUCCCCGCCCGGCUGUCAAGCUCUGUUCUAGCGGCCGAGGGACCCAGGGGAGCUAGGAAAGGGGGCGCCCAGCCAUGCAGAGGCAAAAAGGCGCUGCGGAACGGGGUCCCCGCCGCCGGUGCUGAAGCAGGAGGUCGGAGCCCCCAAUGAGGGUCUGGGAAGCAGGACCCAGCACGGGCGUCUUGGCAGGCGGCCGGGCGCAGGGCCAGGCUGCUGGGGACACUCAGGGCUUUCCACCCAAGACAUGGGCGCUGUCGGGCACUCGGGGGUCCCCUCGUGGCUCCGGCCACUCGGCGUGGGCAUUUCGUUGGCUUCACAUCGCCAUCCAGCCUCGAAGCCAACAGGACUGAAAAAUAGCUUCGGCCAAACGUUCUCCUCCCGCUAAGGAGAGGGGUCGAGUGCGUCAGCCUGAGGGGACUGGAGAGGGAUGUCCUAACCCUUCGGGGGGCGGAGGACCCGCGGUUGAAGGAGGCAGUGGGAGCGGAGAGCGCCCUCCUUGACCAUCAAAUGCCUCCUUCUGUGUUUCCAUUCCUGUCGAGUGGGCUGGGCCACGCUGACCACCCUGGAGGAGGGACGGACGACGCUCGGCGGGCUCUGACCGUGCCGCCUUCUUGUGGCUGCUGACUGGGAUCCAGGAGGGAGUGGGCAUGGGGCGCAGCCGCGCCUCCCUCCCUCCCCGCCUCCCGGGCGCCGGGGUUGGCGAUGUGGAGACGUGAGGGGCCCGUCGGCUGCCCCGGCUUCUCCAGGACUCCGCCAGGCGCCCGCGCGUCCCUCCUCACCCGGAGGAGGAGAGGCUCCGCGCGGGGCUCCGAGGCGGGCGGCGCGCGGAGCCGGAGUCCCAGCCUCGCCAUGGGACAUAACGGGAGCUGGAUCUCUCCAAAUGCCAGCGAGCCGCACAACGCGUCCGGCGCCGAGGCUGCGGGUGUGAACCGCAGCGCGCUCGGGCAGUUCGGCGAAGCGCAGCUGUACCGCCAGUUCACCACCACCGUGCAGGUCGUCAUCUUCAUAGGCUCGCUGCUCGGAAACUUCAUGGUGUUAUGGUCAACUUGCCGCACAACCGUGUUCAAAUCUGUCACCAACAGGUUCAUUAAAAACCUGGCCUGCUCGGGGAUUUGUGCCAGCCUGGUCUGUGUGCCCUUCGACAUCAUCCUCAGCACCAGUCCCCACUGUUGCUGGUGGAUCUACACCAUGCUCUUCUGCAAGGUCGUCAAAUUUUUGCACAAAGUAUUCUGCUCUGUGACCAUCCUCAGCUUCCCUGCUAUUGCUUUGGACAGGUACUACUCAGUCCUCUAUCCACUGGAGAGGAAAAUAUCUGAUGCCAAGUCCCGUGAACUGGUGAUGUACAUCUGGGCCCAUGCAGUGGUGGCCAGCGUCCCUGUGUUUGCAGUAACCAAUGUGGCUGACAUCUAUGCCACGUCCACCUGCACGGAAGUCUGGAGCAACUCCUUGGGCCACCUGGUGUACGUUCUGGUGUAUAACAUCACCACGGUCAUUGUGCCUGUAGCGGUGGUGUUCCUCUUCUUGAUACUGAUCCGACGGGCCCUGAGUGCCAGCCAGAAGAAGAAGGUCAUUAUAGCAGCGCUCCGGACCCCACAGAACACGAUCUCUAUUCCCUAUGCCUCCCAGCGGGAGGCCGAGCUGCACGCCACCCUGCUCUCCAUGGUGAUGGUCUUCAUCUUGUGUAGCGUGCCCUAUGCCACCCUGGUCGUCUACCAGACCGUGCUCAAUGUCCCCGACACUUCCGUCUUCUUGCUGCUCACUGCCGUUUGGCUGCCCAAAGUCUCCCUGCUGGCAAACCCUGUUCUCUUUCUUACUGUGAACAAAUCUGUCCGCAAGUGCUUGAUAGGGACCCUGGUGCAACUACACCACCGGUACAGUCGCCGUAAUGUGGUCAGUACAGGGAGCGGCAUGGCUGAGGCCAGCCUGGAACCCAGCAUACGCUCGGGUAGCCAGCUCCUGGAGAUGUUCCACAUUGGGCAGCAGCAGAUCUUUAAGCCCACAGAGGAUGAGGAAGAGAGUGAGGCCAAGUACAUUGGCUCAGCUGACUUCCAGGCCAAGGAGAUAUUUAGCACCUGCCUGGAGGGAGAGCAGGGGCCACAGUUUGCACCCUCUGCUCCACCCCUGAGCACAGUGGACUCUAUAUCCCAGGUGGCACCGGCAGCCCCUGUGGAACCUGAAACAUUCCCUGAUAAGUAUUCCCUGCAGUUUGGCUUUGGGCCUUUUGAGUUGCCUCCUCAGUGGCUCUCAGAGACCCGAAACAGCAAGAAGCGGCUGCUUCCCCCCUUGGGCAACACCCCAGAAGAGCUGAUCCAGACAAAGGUGCCCAAGGUAGGCAGGGUGGAGCGGAAGAUGAGCAGAAACAAUAAAGUGAGCAUUUUUCCAAAGGUGGAUUCCUAGCAAGGACUGUAAAUUCUUGGAAGCAACGGGGAGCUUCCAUAUUCCCACCAGAGUGUGGGAAUGCUGUGGCCAUGUGAUUGUAUGAUCUCCUUGCAACUCAGUGUGAGUUGAUUCCUCCAAUAUGGGCCAGAUGCUUUUGAAUGAUAGGGAAAUCUACAUAAAAUCCAGUGUCCUCUUUAUUGAGGGAGUAUAUAUAUCCAUCUCAGUGAUCCGUGUCCUUAGUGAAGUCCACAUUAUUCUCUGUGGGGACAAGAGCUGGGCAGUUUUGAAUGGGUCUUGAGGUGGAUACUCCCUGUGCACUUUCUGGGGAUGCCUCACUUCCCUGGGCUCCACAGAGAACACACAGAGAGAAGACUUUCAGAGCUCACAGCAGCAGGGAGCAGGGGCACUCUAAGGGAAUUCCAAGAUCAUGAUAGAGCAUGGUGGCCCCAGAGAAAAUGCCUGUUUGAUGAACUUAAACAUGUCAAACAUUUUCUAUUGAGAAGAUAGGGAUUUGGCAUCUUAUACUGUUUCUCUGGAAGCCCCAGUCAUAUGACUCACUGUUUCUCCUGAUACCCUUCAUCCCUUUCAUUGGGGAUGUAGGUAAGGGAUGACGAUUCCUCACCUAUGGUACACAUGGCAAUAGAUGUGCCCAGGAGUAAAGGAGAUAUUUUGUCCUUGAUAAUUCUGAUUUUCCCUUGGCAUCACCAAUGCCUCAGAGAGAUACACCUGCACCCUCCAGUCAGGGUCAGUGUUGGUUGGAAAACACUGAAAAGUCUUUGCUCUGUCUUUCACCUUAAAUUGUGUUUUCUCAACACAUGAGAGAGAAGCUUACAGGGGGAGAUGCCUGAGAGAUGCCUAUGGCGCUGUAGUUUUUUUCUCUUCCCUGUGAUCUCACACGAAAGGUGCUAUGUAACAACCAGUAUGAGUCAAGUAUAUUGAAAAAAUCAUCUUAUGCAAACUUUUGGAAUUAAAAGGUAUUUUUUAAAUGGAGUGUUAGUGUCAGCUGGGUCCUUUGGAAACAUCAAACUGAAAAGGCCUGAUUUGGAAAGGUGACUCUACCCAAAAGGUUGGCAAGAAUCUGAAAAAGACGGUUUCCUUCCAAGGAAGACUCCAGAACUCAGGUGUGGCCAGUCUCCUUUUCAGUCUGUUUGUACAGCUGUGGUUCUCUCUUAAUUUUGGACACAGAGGAGGAACAGAACAGGGAGAAAUAAUCAUUGUAGAGUGCCAAGGCAACAUCUGGCCCAGAUGAGCUCUUCACUUCCUUCUUCCCUGUCUUUGUAGGAGCCAGAGUGGGCAGAAGAGGGAGGGCAGUGUCCUCAACUCAUCAGCCUCACAAGCAAUUUGGGACCCCUCUGGGGUGGAUUUCACCAGGUUGAAUUAGAACCGCAGAUAACACUUCCCUGUUAGUGAGGACAAACCAAGUGCCAGCUCUGCCCUUUUCUCUAGAGUGUUGUGUUCUUGCUCUUGGUACUUAGGGGAGCUAGUCUGGUGCCUUGAGCAAGCUUGAAGGGAAGUGGGUGUCCUCACCAGCAAACUUCCACAUCUCGACUCGUCCCCUCUUUUGACCACACUGGCCCCGUCUCUCGGAGGGACCCCAGACCCUGUACGGAGUUCUGUUUUCCUUUCUUCUCUUGGGUGUGGUGUCUUGUGUUUCCUGAAUGUGAAUCCAAAGACCCUACCCCUGGAGAGGAAGCACCUUCCUCUUUGUGUUGGUCUCCUCAUAGCAUUGUUUGAUCUCAGCAGAAACAGGGGGCUGCUACAGCCUCCUGCGGCUCCGCUGCCUCCUGGGCCCUGUGUGCAUGGCAUCUAUAGCUCCUUUCCCUGAUAGUCAAUGCUGUGGCCCUUCAAGCUUAUCUUUCAAAACUUUCACAAUCAUUACAACUUUUAUCAAGGGGAAUAAUAAUCUCUAGGAAAAUUGUGUCCACUUUAGGAGAAUCUGUCAAGUGUAGCCACUUUGGUGUUUUUCUGAUAAUAUACUCUAUAUGUACAACUUAAUAAAUUUUGAUGAGGCAGAAUCUGGUUGGGUAUGUUUCUUACGUAUGUUUGAAGCAGAUGGCUGACUUCUAACAGGUCAUUGCCAGGUGUAUUUCUAUACUCUUUGAAGAAUAACAUUUUAAUAAAAAAUUGAAAAGCA